AUGUUUAAGGGUCUGAGAGUGAGCGGUUUAUAUCUCUCGAAACGACAUGCUAGUUCUCAUAGCUACCAGGGUACUUUAAAUUUACCAAAGACUAAGUUUUCACCACGUUCAAACGUUCAAAAAACGUAUAAUGAUUUAAUACCUCAAUCUUCACAAACUGUAUACAAAGAACAAUUAAAUGAAUUUUUCGAAAUAUACAAUAAGAUUCCACGUAACGAUAUCUCUGAACGAUUGGAUUUUAUCAAGAAUAAAUUAUUUAUACUACAUGAUGGUCCUCCUUACUCAAAUGGUGACUUACAUUUAGGUCAUGCUUUAAAUAAAAUUCUAAAAGAUAUUAUUAAUAGGUACCAAUUAUCUCAGGGGAAAUAUAUUUACUAUAGACCCGGUUGGGAUUGUCAUGGUUUACCUAUAGAAUUGAAAGCAUUGAAGAAAUUGAAUAGUAACCAGAUUGAACACAUUUCUCCAGUGAAAAUUAGACAAAUUGCAUCUCAAUAUGCUAAAGCAGCUCAGUUGAAACAACGUUCACAAUUUGAACAAUUUGGUAUACUUACUGAUUGGAAUAAUCCUUAUAUUACAAUGGAUAAAAAUUAUGAAAUUAACCAAUUGAAAAUUUUUAAAAAAUUAUUCGAUUUUGGUUUGAUUAAGAGACAGAAUAAACCUGUGUAUUGGGGUACAGAAACUAGAACUGCUUUGGCAGAAGGUGAAUUGGAAUAUAUUGAAAAUCAUAAAUCCGUAUCAGCUUAUGUGUAUUUUCCAUUAACUGAAGGAUCUGUAUCCAUGUUACAAGACAGAUUAAAAAUCGAGCAAGUAGAGAAAAUUGAUUGUUUAAUUUGGACAAGUACACCAUGGACACUGUUUUCAAAUCAAGCUAUUUGUUACAGUGAACGAUUCAAUUAUUGCCUGGUUAAAUUAGAAGAAGGUCAAAAAUAUUUUAUAGUCGCAAAGGAUUUAAUAGACUCAUUAAAGAUUUCUGGACAGUUUAAGAUUGUAUCUUCGUUUUCUGGUUCUCUAUUAAAAGGAUUGACAUACUAUAACCCACUAAUGAAUGAUAAACCCUAUGUAGGGAAACCUCUUCUGGAUGCGUCACAUGUUACCAAUACCGCAGGUUCAGGAUUAGUACAUACUGCCCCUGGACAUGGUCAAGAUGAUUAUUUAGUUGGGCUGAAAAAUGGUUUAUCAAUCUUUUCACCUGUUGAUCAUAAAGGUAACUAUGAUUUAACUAAAUUCACAGAAAACAUAGAUGUUCAAGAUUUUUUAAAGGAUCCAAAUAGUGAAUUCGGUGAAGGAAGAAAUGUCCUGGACCCCAAGACUACCGAUGCUAUCAUAGAAAGACUUAAAAAAAUUGGUAUAUUGAUGGAUGUUGAAGUUAUAACUCAUUCGUAUCCAUAUGAUUGGAGAUCUAAAAAACCCGUGAUUAUUAGAUCCACCCCUCAAUGGUUUACUAACUUAGAAAAUUUAAAAAAGAUAGCCGUGGAUAGCCUCGAGAAAGUUCAAUUUUAUCCGAAAAGAGGUGAACAUAGACUUACUUCUUUUGUCAAGAACAGAAAUGAAUGGUGUAUAUCGAGGCAACGUUCAUGGGGUGUACCAAUUCCAUACUUCCAACAUCGUGAAAAUCCUGAUACAAUUCUAAUGGAUGCUGAAGUUAUAUCAAUUGCUAUCGAAAAUAUCAAGAAAUGGGGGAUGGAUUCAUGGUUCCUUGAGGAAGAUCCUGCUAAUGAAAAAACAGAUAUAAAGAGUUGGUUACCUCAAAAAUAUCAUGCCAUUUCCAACCAAUUCAUAAAAGGAAAAGAUACAAUGGAUGUUUGGUUUGAUAGUGGUUCUUCAUGGUCAACAUUGAUGGACUUUUUUAGUGAAAAGUUGGGAAUAGUUGAAAAAGAUCAACCUAACCCAUUAGCAAAUGUUUACUUAGAGGGUAGUGACCAACAUAGAGGUUGGUUUCAAAGCUCGUUAUUAUGUAGAGCAUCAUAUACUGAAACACCGGAUGCUCCAUAUGGAACGGUUAUCACACACGGGUUUACUCUUGAUGAAAAGGGAAUUAAAAUGUCUAAGUCCAUAGGAAACACAAUUGCACCCAAGGAUAUAAUCGAAGGUAGCAAAGAAAGAGACCUACCAGCACUUGGCGUAGAUGGUCUGAGAUAUUUAGUUGCGCAAUCCGACUUCACAAGUGACAUUACUGUAGGCCCAACAGUAAUGCAACACACAUCCGAUGCUUUAAAGAAAAUCAGAUUAUGCUUCAAAUUUUUAUUAGGUAAUUUACAAAAGAGCUCUGAUUAUAAAUUAUUACCUUAUGAGCAAUUAGCACCUGUCGAUAAAUAUACAGUUUCAAAGUUGCAAAAACUUCUAGAUGAUACAAAGAAAAAUUAUUUAGAAUACAACUUUUCCAAAGUGUUGAUUAAUCUUCAAUUCCAUCUAAACAAUGAAUUAUCCGCAUUUUAUUUCGAUUCUUCCAAAGAUAUUCUUUACUCUAAUUCAUUAUCAUCGUUAAGAAGAAAACAAAUUCAGACUACGCUAUAUUAUAUUUUGGACGCAUAUCGUGCGAUUCUAUGUCCAGUUCUACCAAUAACGGUACAAGAUGCUUGGAAUUAUGUCCCUGAAAAGUGGCUAACAAGUAAUCAUAUCGACAAGAGUUUAUCUCCGUUUGUUAAGUCGUGGCCAAAUUUUGAUGCUGACCUAACGGGAUCAAGAAGCCUGGUCGACUCAUUUGAAUCACACGAAAUUAAAAUAAGGAAUGCAUUUAAAAAGGAGUUUAUUAAUAUUACUGAUUCUUCAAUUACAAAGCCUUGCCAGACGCUUGUAAAAAUAUAUUCCACAAAUGAUCUUACAAUAAAAGAAGACGACCUAACUGAACUCCUACAAACAUCUAACGUUACAUUUAUUAAAGUUGAUGACCUGUCUAAUGUCUCACAAAAUGCCAGAAAAAUAGACGAAUUGAACUGUGCUAUUAUUAUAGAGCCCAGCGUGAUGCAUAAAUGCCCAAGAUGUUGGAAACACAACUCUCCCGAAGAAGAUCAUUUAUGUAAUAGAUGUCAAGAAGAAACCUUGCAUAUAAACAACUAA